AUGCGCGCUGCUAGCCGCAGUGCGGCCGCCCCCUCGGCCGCGCGCUCCCUCUCCGCUCUCGCCCAGGCUGCCCCGCGCCCCUCGCUCAAGGCCCAGGCCCAGGCUGCUGCUCCUCUUGCUGUCCAGAGCAGGGGAAUGAAGACGCUCGACUUUGCCGGCUCCAAGGAGGUCGUCUACGAGAGGGCCGACUGGCCCCUCGAGAAGCUGCAGGACUACUUCAAGAACGACACCUUUGCCCUUCUUGGUUACGGUAGCCAGGGUCACGGACAAGGCCUCAACCUCCGUGACAACGGCCUAAACGUCAUUGUCGGUGUCCGCAAGGACGGCCACUCGUGGAAGGAGGCCGUCGCCGACGGCUGGGUGCCCGGAAAGAACCUCUUCACCGUCGAGGAGGCCGCCGAGAAGGGAACGAUCCUCAUGAACCUCCUCAGUGACGCUGCACAGAGCGAGCAAUGGUCCAACCUCAAGAAGUACUGCACCAAGGGCAAGACCCUCUACUUCUCGCACGGCUUCAGCGUCGUCUACAAGGAGCAGACGGGCGUCAUCCCUCCCACGGACAUCGAUGUCAUCCUCUGUGCCCCCAAGGGCUCGGGCCGCACCGUCCGAACCCAGUUCCUCGCUGGCACGGGCAUCAACUCGAGUGUCGCCGUGCACCAGGACGUUAGCGGAAAGGCUAUGGAGAAGACGGUGGCCAUGGGCAUCGCCGUUGGCUCGGGGUACAUCUACGAGACGACCUUUGAGAAGGAGGUCUACUCGGACCUGUACGGCGAGCGUGGCUGCCUGAUGGGUGGUAUCCAGGGCAUGUUCAAGGCCCAGUACGACGUUCUCCGCGAGAACGGCCACAGCCCCUCGGAGGCCUUCAACGAGACGUGCGAGGAGGCCCUCAUGUCUCUCUACCCUCUUGUUGGCGAGCACGGCAUGGACUACAUGUACAAGGCCUGCUCCACCACGGCCCGCCGUGGUGCGCUCGACUGGGCGCCCGAGUUCGAGAAGGCGAACAAGCCCGUCUUUGAGCGCCUCUACAAGUCCGUCCGAGACGGCACCGAGACCAAGCGGACGCUCGACUUUGCCAGCCGAAAGACGUACCGCGAGGACUACGAAAAGGAGACGGAUGCCAUUGCUGCUCAGGAGAUGUGGCGCGCUGGCCACGUCGUCCGAGGUCUCCGCCCCGGCCGCGGCGGCAAGGACAUCUAA